GUCGCCUUUUGCACUAGCGAUUUCAGUGAAGUCCUCGUGAGAGAGCCAGGGGUAGCCCCUACGAUGACUGGUCCUUGAAACAACACUUACAGUAGCCCCAAGAUAGCGUAUGUCGCGGCGGCCUUGUUUCUACUGGCCUGCCUCCGCUAGCGAGAUCGCCUUCCUUGUUCACAAACUGUGUAAACAGCGCGUAUCGAUAAGUGUGACCCUCUUGGAGCUCGCCUGCGAUAUCAUCUAAAAGUGACCUCUCUGUGUGUGCGUCGUGCAGAAGACCAUACAGUGGUUUGCGGCUGCAGUCCUCGAUUGACCCACCGCGUCAAGCGGCGAAUCAGCUGGCCGAAGCGCCGGACAGAAAAAUCGUAAUAUGACGACAUGAAGAGGAAGUCGGCCGCAAUUCAGACGUCGGAGCGCGAACGGCGACGUGCGACGACGAGGCGCGUGCGACAGGGAAAAAGCACUUCAUUUCACCGCAGCUGCGCGUCGUUGGGCGCACGCUCUUCUACGGCUGCGCUUGGGGCUUGCGAGCAAAUAUGGCAUCGAACGAGACCGAGCAGUGGGACGCCUUUUUUUGCGCGACCAAGCCACCGGCAGAUUACGACGAACAGAAAAGACGCAUCGAUGAGUUCUGUUCCGCGUUUGCGGACACCGACGAGCGCGUUGUGCUGAUCACGUCUGGAGGAACAGCCGUGCCCCUCGAACACAACACUGUACGGUUUGUUGACAAUUUUAGCGCGGGAACCAGAGGCUCUGCAUCAGCUGAGUACUUUCUGGAUCAAGGCUACGCUGUGCUGUUUCUGUUCCGAUCAACAAGUCUGCAGCCAUUUGUCAGACGCUUCAAGCCUGGCGAACUGCUCAGCUACCUCCAUUUCGCAUCUGGCGAUGACAGCUGCAUUCAAGUGUGUGCAGAUGCAGUUCCCAAGGUGCGGCCCAUCCUCGAAGGUUACCAGCGGGCCAUGGCAGAGGGCACUGGCAGGCCGCGCCUCCUGCAGGUCUCCUUCACCUCCCUGACCGACUACCUGUUCCUGCUGAAAGCGUGUGCUGUUGCCCUGCGCCCCUUGGGAAGCCGUGCUCUGCUGUACCUGGCCGCUGCUGUUUCGGACUUCUAUGUGCCACCAGAAAACAUGCCCGAGCACAAGAUCCAUUCCGAUGCAGGCCCACUGCAGUUGCGGCUACAUCUGGUUCCCAAGAUGCUGAAGCCACUCAUUUGCUGUUGGAAUCCUGCAGCCUAUGUCGUCUCUUUCAAGCUGGAGACGGAUGAAAACAUCCUCUUGGACAAAGCAAGAAGAGCGUUGGCUACCUACAAGCACAAGCUCGUGAUCGGCAACGAGCUGCACAGCCGCAAGCACAGAGUCGUCUUUGUGACCAGCGACGAUCACGAGGUCAUUAACCUUACACCCGAGCAAGUGGCAGCUGGCGUGGAAAUCGAGCAGAUUAUUGUCGAGAAGCUCCUCAAGCGUCACACUGAGCACAUACGCAACAGCCCAGCAAGACGUUUCAGCUCCACCGUCAGCAUCACUGGAGAAAGCGUUAGUGACAGCACACUGCCCUAGCGGUCAUUGUCACGAACAGCUCAGCGAGAAACUCUUCGCCACUUCUGCAUUUCAUUGUGCUGGUGUGAAAAACAGGUUGUGUUCCACAGUUAUGUUUAUGCGCACGAAUGUCAUUUAAAAGCCAUACCCUGGUUGGUAUGCCCAUUUUGUUUCAUUGCAUGCUAAAGUUUUGUUGUAACCUGCCUAAUCAAGAAAAAGUGCCUGCUGUAGCUUUGU